AUGGAAAAGUGCAAAGGUCUCCUAAAUGCGAAGAAAAUGAACAUUUAUAAACCAUCGUAUGUUCAAUACAAGACAAACGAAGAGGAUAUCCAGAGUAGGCAGAAGCUGGAAGAGAAGCAAGCCUUACAAUCACGACAAAGAAUUCAGAGGGGCGGCAGUGAAAUCGACCAGAUUGUUGUCAAAGUUCGCACUCCGUCAGAACAGGACCUCGACAUCAACACUGCAGACAACGAAGAUGGUAAAUAUUACGUCACCUACACACCCGAAUGUGACGGACAUCAUGACGUGGUGAUUGAAGUUAAUGGUCAACCGCUGACUAGCAGUCCAUGGAGUGUUCACGUGAAGCCGCAUCAAUACCAUGCCGUACGUUCUUUUGGAUCAGGUGGUAAAGUACAAGGACAAUUUGAUUGCCCCUUCGGCAUUGCAAUAAGUGACAAGACAGGGAACAUCGCAGUUGCUGACACUUUUAAUAAUAGAGUACAGCUUUUUAACUCGAAUGGAAUUUAUUUGAGAGAGUAUGGUCGGAAAGGACUUGACGCCAAGAAACUUCAUUGUCCCUUUUCAGUAGCGUUCAACAAGUCUGGUGAAGUUACUAUCUGUGAUUCUGGUGGUAUUUUUUGUCUCGCUGAAAGCGGUCAUUUUAUUAAAAACAUCUUCAACAAACACUUGAUCAAUCCAGUAUCCAUAACCAUUGCUUGUGAUGACCGCAUGCUCGUGAGUGACAGUGGUGACAACAAGGUCAAAGUCCUCUCCCCUGACGGUACAAAAUUGCUGCAGUCACUCAGCGUUCCAGGCUUCGAUGAGUGCCCGUGGUUUGCUUUACAUCAUCAAGACAGGUUUUUUGUCUCCUAUGACAAGGCUCAAUGCGUCAAGAUAUUUGACAAUGAAGGGGAAUUUCUAUAUGAUUUUGGUACAGAGGAGCCUGGUAAGCUGUGCGAAUCUUUUAAACUUGCUGUUGACAAGUUUAACAACUUGUUAGUCUGUGACGCUGAAAAUUGUAAAGCUUUUACACUGGGAGGAAAAUUUCUAAACUCGAUAAUAGGACAGCCUGCCCUAAAUCGAAACAUUUUUUCUGUUGCUGUGUCGAACGGUGGGCAAGUAUUAAUUACUGAUAUAGCAAAACACUGUGUUCAUGUUUUUGAGUGAACAACUGUGUUUUCGAUUUAUUAUAGGGAGUGUCGAGAUGCUCGGCUGGUGGUAACAAAGUAGAAAGCAACAGCUCUUCAUUAGCUAUGAUUAAAAAGUUAAAUAUAUAGAUUUAGCCAAGAGUUCCUCGGCCGGGUUGUUCCCGGGAGAAAGUACUCCCUUAUAUGCGCCUUUUAGGUAUGUGUGGCCCCAAAGGGUAGUUUUGAGCCGUUUGGGCGUA